AUGGCCUCGUUGCGUGUAGCUCUGCCAAAAGCUGGUGACGAAGCACUUAUCGCGGUGGUCGAAGAAACGAGCAUUCUAGAUACUUUGAACGAGGCCAGCAGUCUCCGGAGUCGAGUUACUGGUGGAAAACACUUGCGUGUGCUGAUCGUUCAGUUUUUAUAUUUUAUCCGUAGCGCAAAGUCUCAUGCAGUCAUUAAAACGCAAAGUUUUCUCUUUCACGUCGAACUUCUGCCAGUCUUUGUUGUGGAUGGUGUCCCAAAAAUGGAGGAUGCUGAAAAGGCCCAAUCUCCCGUACACACUUCGCAGGAUAAUCCUGGUACACCGGAUAAUAUAAUUCCUCCCAGUCAGUCGGAUCAGGAAAUGCCCUUAGGCCCUCAGGGUCAGGCAGGAGGUAGCGCUCUUUCAGCAACCAAUGUGCCUCGGCAACUGUGUGGUUCGGGACGUUCGACCAGGUUAAAUGCGACCGUCAUCCCGUUACUGUUGGUUCUGGCGCUUAUUAUGAGUGUCAGGAUUAAAGCCUCCAAGAUGGAUGCUACGGUAGCAGAGACAGUGUCGUCCAAAGUGCCUGCUUUGGGGGUUCACGAGCCAGAGGAACCUAUGGGAGUAGGAGAGGUGGCUCUCGUUGUAGAAAAGGCGGAAGAGAAAAUUGGACAGCCUCUACCGUCUCAUCCAGAGCCACAGUGGCUAGUGGAGCCCGUUGAAACGGACGAAGAUCGUAAAUCCCCCUUGGCUACAUUUUGGAAGGAGUUACUGGCAGUCGUUGUGGAGAACAUAGAGAAAAAUGCACCGGAAGCUCCAACUGCUCAGGGAGAGGAAAUUAUGGAAGAGCUUGCGAGUGCUCUGUCCGCUGGAGAAUCCAAGAAGCUCAUAGGUAUGUCAAUCGCUCUUGUGGACGCAAUCGAAGUAACAGACAGCGAAAGUUCAGCAGGUCCAAAGAUUUACACAGUGACGAAUUUCCUUGGGGAAGGCGAACACAGUGUGGUUGUGGAAGUCAGAGAUGCACACGAUGGACCACCCUUUGCAAUGCGUGUGAAUCUUUUGUUGCCACAUGAAAGAGGUCACGUGAGUGAGUCUGAAAGGUCAGUCGCUUAUGCCCAGGCGGUACAUUCGAUUGAGGCCACGAUUGACAUUUGUGAUGCCACUCCAAUAUCCAAGGUAGGCUCGGAAAAAGGCAUUUCUAUCAGUAGGAUGAUCGCCACUAUCCAGGGAAUUCCAGAAAUUCUUGAGGGCGAAAAGUGUAGCAUAUUGUCUAGGGUGGAGAUCAUGGAUAGACUGCAUACUAACUUGGAAGCGGUCCUUCGUGCCUCAAAUCUCUUACCUACCGGGUGGAAGGCGUAUCUGGCUCGGACCGUCCUCAAAACAGUGCUCCAUUUGCAGCAUCGCGGCUGGAGCCACAACCAGAUCAACUCCAGCAGCUUCCUUUUCAAGGAGGAUGGCUUUCCUAUCCUGACUGGAUUUGAAUCCAGUUCAAAGUUUGGAGAAAGACUUCCAAGGGAGGCUGGGCUCUCGCCCCGAACUACCGACCCUGCUUUUCUUGCAGAAUUCUUAUCUGAAACAGACAGCACCCCCCUAUUCACCAGCCCAGCGACUGACAUGUGGAGCCUUGGCUUGCUGCUAUAUGAGAUCAUGAUGGGAGGGGAGCUUCCUUUCGGCCUGUCAGACUUAACGCCAGACUCGGAUGUAGUUGCACAGGUGCUGCAGUUAAGAGAGACCGCAGAACCUUCUACGCUAAGUGUCGUCAUGACAGAGCAUGGAAUCAACAACCGCUGGCAGAAACUGAUUAUGGGGCUGCUGAAUCCAGAUCAACGUCAGCAAAUCAGUGCAGAGAAAAUCGCAGAGGAGUUCUCCGACCUACUGCAUGGGACAAUCGAAUUGGAAUUGUACGAUGUGACGAGCCCUGAUAUGCUUCAUGACGCCGUCAGUGCAAAGACUGAACAAAAGGGCGCAAAAACACGUAUACCGGAGGCAGUUGAGCGAAUGAUGCGGGAUCCAGCUGAGUCGAUGCAGGAAAGAGAAGAGAGAUAUUUAGAAGUGGCCAGGCAAAUGUUGGAGAGCACUGCCUCUUUUGGUCAUUCUACACCCCCCUACCAUGGAAGUGCUCCUAGAGGACUCCCAUCCACAAGCCUCACGUCUACGCGUUACUCUGAUCUAGUGCUAUGGCCGGGCACAUCCUCACUUCCUUUGAGUAGAUCUGCCCUACCUGUCUACCGCCCCCUGCACGGAGGAACUGGAGGGACGGGACCUUAUCAGCAAGCGAGUUUACGAAGCAGCUAUAGUCGAUUUCCUCCUUCAAGAUAUCCCAGCCGUUCGACAUUGCCAGCAUUUGGGAGGGGAACGAGGGAAGGUCGUUUAUUUGACCCAUACAGUACACCAGAUACCGCAGUCCAUACAGGAUCAACGUCGUCAACAACCCCAGAUGCACUGCCUUUGGACAAAAGACAAACGUCACCGUCUACACGCGCACUCUCUAGGUUCUUGAGUCAGGAUGAUGAGCGUCACUCAGAGAGCGCUCCUGCCUCGGAUACAGCUUCUUCCGCUGGACACAAACCCAAUCCUGAAGCGGAUGGAGGCACAUAA